AUGGCCCAUUCGUCUUCAUCAGAGUCCUCGCGCUCUGGAUCCGAUGGUGAUCUUGAGCCAUCCGAUCCUUGUACGCAUGUACUUCCUGGUCCAUAUAGGUGGGAGGCUGGGUUCAUACACGUGGCACGUAUGAGUCAUGUUCAGAUCGAUACCCCCUUGAUAUCUGCUUUGGUUGAGCGUUGGAGACCGGAGACACAUACAUUUCAUAUGACGCAGGGAGAGAUGACCGUUACAUUACAGGACGUGGCUGGUAUACUUGGUUUGCCUACUGACGGGCAGGCAGUUACCGGAUCUACAGCGUUGGAUUGGGUGGAUAUGUGUCAGCAGGUUUUUGGGACUGCCCCAGUUACGGGCACAGACAUUCACGGAGGCGAUCUACGUAUAUCUUACUUAGACAAGAUAUAUGCUGAUUGGUUUACAGUAGCACACAAUCCAGAGGAGGUGAGGCGUUACACCAAGGCACACAUUUUGCGGCUAUUAGGCUCAUGGUUAGUGUGUGACAGAUCAGGUGGCAGCAAAAUUGCUUGUCGUUACGUUCCACUGCUUGCAGGGGACUUUACCGACAUUGGCAGAUACAGUUGGGGGUCUGCGGUUCUCGCUCAUCUCUUCAGACAUUUAUGUGUGGCAACAAACCCGCAGACUGUAAAUCUGGGUGGUUGUCACGUAUUACUGCAGAUAUGGGCUUGGAUUAGAUUCCCCCCCAUUGCACCACCUAUCCCGCAGCCUACCCACCCGGAGUGGCAUUUUGGUCACAGGUUUAAUUCCCUACCUCCCUUUAAGCCACAUGAGCAGUCUUGGUAUCGGGCAAACCUUGACACGCUUUAUAGAGACGAGGUUGUGUGGCAGCCAUACGGAGAGUACCAUACAGCAUUGUUUGUAUCUGAUCAUGAGCGGUACUUAUGGUUGGCCAUUACUCCUAUCAUUUGCUUCCACACAGUUGAGUACGCUCAACCGGAUCGAUGUAUGCGACAAUUUGGUUUUGAUCAUCCCAUACCGCGGAGACCAAGAAAGCUUAAGGGUGUUCAUGAUCUAACUCUGUGA